GUCGGGGCGCAUCCGGCCGGGUCCUGAACAGCUUCUACUGCCCCCGAGGACGGAACAUGUAUCAGGGUCUGGCCCUCGCCCCCAACCAUGGCCAGUCGGCUUAUUCCCACGACUCCAGCAACUUCCUCCACUCGUCGGCCGGCUCGCCUGUCUACGUGCCCACCACCCGGGUACCCUCCGUUCUCCAAACGUUGCCCUACCUGCAGAGCUGCGAGCCGCACCAGAGCCACCUCACCAAUCCCCCGGGUUGGGGGCAAAGCAGCGGCGAAGCCGCCGCUUUCAACACCGGCAGCCCUCACCCGCCGUCGAGUUUCUCCUACUCUCACAGUCCACCGGGCGGUAGCCCCCCGGGCCGCGAUGGUGCCUACCAAGGGCCCCUGCUGCUGGGCGGCGGGGGCCGGGAGCAGUACGGCAACGCCUUGGUGCGCUCCGUUAACGGGUCUUACUCCAGCCCCUACCCCGCCUACGUGACCCCCGAGAUACCGCCUUCCUGGACGGCCGGACACUUUGAGAGCAGCGUCCUGCACAGCCUGCAGACGAGGCAGGCGGCUUUACCCGGCCGCAGGUCCACCUUCGAGUACCUGGAGGAGUUCCCCGGGGAUGGCCGGGAGUGCGUGAACUGCGGGGCCAUGUCCACACCACUCUGGAGGAAGGACGGCACUGGGCACUACCUGUGCAACGCCUGUGGGCUCUACCACAAAAUGAACGGCAUCAACCGGCCACUCAAGCCACAGAAGAGGCUGUCUUCAUCCAGACGUGCUGGCCUAUGUUGCACUAACUGCCACACAACCAAUACCACCCUCUGGAGAAGGAAUGCUGAAGGGGAGCCUGUCUGCAACGCCUGCGGAUUAUACAUGAAGCUCCAUGGGGUACCACGACCUCUGGCCAUGAAAAAGGAAAGCAUCCAGACGCGGAAAAGGAAGCCUAAAAACAUUACCAAGGGCAAAACCUCAACAGGGUCUACAACUUCAGCCACUAACUCCCCUUCUUCCAUUACAAACUCAGACAGCACGGUCACUUUAAAGUCAGAGCCCAGCACAACCUCCCAGUAUCCUGGACAAACCAUUGUGUCAGUGUCCCAGGCACAGAGCCAGUCAGACGAGACGCUGGCUGGCAGCCACAGCGAGUUCAAAUUUGAGCCUGAGGACUACACCUUCUCCCCCACCACCAUGGCCUCACAGCCUGGGCUGAGCGUGCCCCUCCGGCAGGACUCCUGGUGUGCCUUGGCCCUUGCCUAAAAGUCCCCCAACCUCCAGCAGAAAGCCUUGGGACCAAUGCUUUUGGCUGGCCCUGCAAACAGCCAGCGGGCAGGAGGACAGCUGCCCUGGCGCUUGGGGACUGUGGGGUGUCAAGCAGUGGCUGCAGGACAGGUUUCUCUUGGAGGAUGUGCAUGGAAAACACUGGGCAGAUGGGGCCAGGAUAGCCCUGCUGUGUCACCAGCUCUUCUGAGAGCUCAACCUCAGCUGGAGUGACCCAGGGUUGCCUCCCCAAGGCCAGAACCCCAGGGCUGCCUCCGUUAUCCUGAGGAAAGCCUUCCUCCUUUGAGAUGAAACCAGCAAAUAAAUGCAUCCCAGAAUCUAUGUUUAUUCGCAGUGAUUUCUCCCUCCUAUGACUCCUCUGUGUGCAAUUUAUUCCACUUUCCAAUAAAGACUGUAAUAACGUGGCACCAAAUAACUUAAUUUUAUUAAAAUGUAAACUGUGUGGCCUCCCUUUGGUUUUAUUGGCCACAUCAGGAGGAAAAGAGGAGAAAAGGGGUGGGGGGGGGAAGGCAAAGUUGGUUUAAACAUUUACUGUUUUAUACUCCAAACCAUCAUCUCUAUAGAGUGUUAGCUUCUGAAGCCUUUAGAGGAUCAACACUGAGCUGAGGAGUCAGACAUGAAAUAAACACUCUGCUCUUUCUUUUCCAGCUCCAAAACAAAGAGGGGGUUUUUUUUCAUUAAUUAUUAUUAUUGUUGUUUUAAGCAAACCACACAACAACAGCAACAAAAAAAAAAAGGUCAAAACCUCCCAAUAAUAAUAAUAAUAAUAAUAAUAAAAAGACUGAUUUUUUUU